AUGCUGAAUCAAACCUCAGUCACUGCAUUUCUCCUCCUGGGAGUCACAGACAUCCAAGCACUGCAGCCUUAUCUCUUCGUGGUUUUCCUUGCAAUUUACGUGGUCAGUGUGGCUGGCAAUGGAGCAGUCCUCCUGGUUGUCGUCUCUGAUCCAAGACUCCAUCUACCCAUGUAUUUCUUCCUGGGAAAUCUGUCAUGUCUAGAUAUCUGCUACUCCACAGUGACACUGCCAAAGAUGCUGGAGAACUUCUUCUCUACACACAAGGCAAUUUCCUUCUUGGGAUGCAUAACCCAGCUUCACUUCUUCCACUUCCUGGGCAGCACGGAGGCCAUGCUGUUGGCCGUGAUGGCCUUUGACCGCUUUGUGGCCAUCUGCAGGCCACUGCAUUACUCUGUCAUCAUGAAUUACCAGCUCUGUACCCAGAUGGCUGUCACAGUCUGGACCAUUGGUUUUUUCCAUGCCCUGUUGCACUCCAUGAUGACCUCUCGCUUGAACUUCUGUGGUUCUCAUCAGAUCCAUCACUUCUGUGAUGUCAAGCCUUUGCUGGAGUUGGCCUGCGGGAACACGGAGCUCAACCAGUGGCUUCUCAACACGGUUACCGGGACCAUUGCCAUGGGCCCCUUCUUCCUAACACUUCUCUCCUACUUCUCCAUAAUCAUCUCUCUUUUCUCCAAGACCCACUCCUGUAGUGCGCUCCACAAAGCACUGUCCACGUGUGCCUCUCACUUCAUGGUGGUCAUUGUUUUCUAUGCUCCUGUUGUCUUUACUUACAUAUCUCUUGCCUCAGGCAGCUCCAUGCAGGACCAGGUUGCUGCCAUCAUGUACACUGUGGUCACUCCUAUGCUGAACCCACUGAUCUAUACACUGAGGAACAAGGACGUGAAGGCUGCCUUGAAUAGGGUCUUCAGAAGGACGGAUGACCUGAGCAAAUUCAGAGCACACUUUUAAGAAAGGAAUCAACAGGAGAUGAUAAAGUUGGUGUGUGAGGUUAGACUGCUUCUCAGAUCAUGUACAAUAUGUGUAAUAGGUGGAGUUGUCCAAAGAUAAAUGAGAAAGUCCAGCCUGAUUGUGUUAAAUAAAGCAUUCCUAGGUACCAUAAUGGAAACAUGAACCCAAUGGACACCAGCCAUAGAAUCCUAAUGUUCAAUUUGUGUUCAGGAUAUGAGUUCAUAAAAAUGAUUUUAAUGUAUUUUUAUGGAUUCUCUAAUGACAUCAGGGAUAGAAAUAUGCCUAUAUACUCAUAUAUUAGGUACAUGAAUGCUACUUAUGGCUCUUUGUGUGGCCCAUCUACUUAACAUAUUUUAUGUGAGUAAAAAAAAAAAUUCUUAUAUUGUUACAUUUUGAGGAUGAAUUUUGAGCCACAUUUACUGAAUAGGAUAAGAAAUGGUAAUUCUCAGGGGCACCUGGGUGGCUCAGUCGGUUAAGCCUCCGACUUCAGAUCUGGUCAUGAUCUCACAGUUUGUGAGUUCAAGGCCUGCGUCGGGCUCUGUGCUAACAGCUCAGAGUCUGGUGCCUGCUGCGAACUCUGUGUGUGUGUGUGUGUGUGUGUGUGUGUGUGUGUGUGUGUCUCUUUCUUCCCCUUCCUUGCUCGCACCUUGUCUUUCUCUCUCUCAAAAAUAAAUAAACAUUAAAAAAAUUUUUUUAAAGAAAUGGUAAUUCACAAAUGAGUUAAAGGAAUUUUUAGUCAGUAUGUAUCUCCAUAAGCAGGAGGCAAGUAAGUGAUUAAAACAAAUGAUUUAAGCACUAAUAAACAUGGACAAAUUAGCCAAUGUUUAUCUAAUGAGUUUUGGAAAUGUUAUCCCUAGAGAUGUCUUAAAGUCAACUGGAAAAACUGUAAUUGAAUACUGUUAAAUAUUACCGAAAGUGGAGACGGACUGGAAAAAAAAUCUCAAAAUCCCUCCCUAGCUAAUCAGUAUAUUAUUUUUUCCUCAAUCUUUGGACACAAGAAAUGAUGAGUUUCAAAAACCUACCUAUUUUUCUAUUUUAUUUUUCUAUUUCUAUGCUUUCUUCAUAGAUGAUAAAUGAUACCAUACAUUGUAACACUGGGGAAAAGUUCAGAAUUCAUCAAAAUGUUGUCUGUUUUCCCUACUUGUCACCAAACCCAUACAUAGUGAAAGAUACUAUGUCAUAAUUGUAUGAAUUGAGGCAUUUCUGGAGCUAAUGUCAGGAAGCACUAUAUUCCCUACUUUCUAAGUCUUGGGAGUGGAUACUGGGCCUGAAGGAUGGCAGGGGCAGCAUUUUUGACUAGAGAUGCAGAUAAAGACUAUGACAGGCCUUUAUGAGCUCAGGGACUGACUGUUCAAAUUCUCUGCAUCCACUUUUGUGAACACAAACAAUGUGGUUUGAUCUCAUCCACUGUUUUUGGUCCCCCAAUUCUACUUUUGUUUAUAAAAAAAAAAAUGAAAUGUGUCUGUGGAGAAGGCAUCUUCUACCCUGAA